AUGGGAGUCGAACGGAAGAGAAAUCAUCCGAACGGUGUCGAUCCGGAUAUUUCAUUCAACGAGAAAGGGCUAGGAAACGAUGGACCAGAGUGCCGAUGUCCCCCAGUAAUCAAGAAUCGCGGACUGAAACAUGGAUUCUAUGCUGGGGAAAACAAAGUGUUGAAUUGCACGAGAACCUGUGGAUCGAAUCUUCAUUACUACACUCUCCAAGUAAAGCCGGGGCCAAACGAAGGACAAAUAUAUAAAACGGGAAUGACAAUUAAUGGAGAAACCUAUGAAUUCGAGGGAUUCUCGAUGAUUACACAUGCUCCGUUACCCGAAUGUAUGACUAGACGACCUAUUUGCAAGUAUAGUUUGGAGUAUGAGUUCCAGUUGGUUGAAGAAAGAUUUCCGAUUGAGUGUUUCGACCCGGAAGACUGUAAUCAUCUCUUCGAUUACAUCUUUCAUGAGAUUUUCGAGAUGUUCGACUUCAACCUUCACCCAAAACACCUUCCACCUGGCAUCGUCUCUUGUCCAAUCAUUCAUAUAAUGCCUCGAUUCGUAGCAAUGAAAAACGGUGUUGCUCAUUUGUGGUCUACUAAAACACUCCUCGCGUAUUUCUUGAUCAACGGAGAUAAGGAUUUAUUCAAUCCACAGGAAAUAAUAGAUCACUGCGAAAUACCGGAUGAUGCAUUCAGUCGGGUUUCUAACAAAAUGAAGCGAUCAAUUCUCCUGAAUACACUCAAAAAACCUUCAGCACUGAGAGCGGAUUGGUUUGAAAGAGAUUCGGAACGACGAGAAGUGUAUAUUGUACAUAAUUCUAUUCGAUCUCAGAACUAUAGUACUCCAAUACUUGUGAAAAUUGCUCAACUUGAGAAAAGGCUGAAUAGAAUGAAGAAAGACAAAAAGUUCGCGGGAAAGAAUAAAGAGUAUGAUGUUGUGAAACGAGAGUUGGACCAACUGAAAGAUGAACACCGAAAUGCGCGGUAUCUGAGCAUACGGAAAUCAGUCGCAGGGUACAUUGACACUGGAUUUAAACCAGAUAUUAUUGCUCAUAUUGCUAUGGUUAUCAUCGCUUCGCAUCACAUUCGAUACAACUUUUCCUUGAGUGUUUUCGAAGAAAUAAUCGAGUAUCAGUUCAAUGAUCGGAAAGUUAUUGAGUUGGCUCUGAUUCAUUCGUCAUUCAGAAGUCAUUACGGAACACCUCCGGAUCAUAUUAAAAAUAUCAUUAGCAAUUGUGGAUAUAGACGAAAAUAUGGGAGUGAGGAGAAACGGGAAAAGAAAAAAGGAAUUGUGAGCCUAUUCAACAUUAUGGGCGGAGAAACAGAAGGAGGCGAGCCUAUUCUUCACAACGAACGUCUGGAAUAUCUCGGUGACGCAGUGGUGGAACUCAUUAACAGAAAUCUGGCGGACCUUGCCAAAAACUGUCGAAUAGAUGAGAUGUUACAAUAUGCGCAUGGAGCUGAUCUCAUUAAUGAAGCUGAAUGGAAACACGCGUUGGCGAAUGCAUUCGAAGCUGUUGUGGCUGCUGUAUAUCUGGAUGGAGGACUUGGAGCAUGUGAUCGAUUGUUCUCAAAAGCAAUGUAUGGAAGUGCUCCGAAUCUCAAAAAAAUGUGGGAUCAUAUUAAUGAGCACGAGUUGAAGAGAGAGGAUCCACUUGGUGAUCGAGAGCUAUCGAAUAUAACUCCAGCACUUGCAUCUUUUCAUAAAUUGGAGAACAUUCUAAAUAUCAAAUUCAACAAUAUUCGAUUAUUGGCAAAGGCAUUCACUCGUCGCAAUGUUCCACACAAUGAUUUGACGAAAGGGCACAACCAACGACUGGAAUGGUUGGGUGACUCGGUGCUUCAACUCGUUGUCUCUGACUAUCUCUUCCGUCGUUACCCAUUGCAUCACGAAGGACAUAUGUCAUUGUUGAGAACAAGUUUAGUCAGUAAUCAGACUCAAUCAGUCGUUUGUGAUGAUCUCGGUUUCUUGGAAUUCGUUGUGAAGCCACCACAUAAAACACCUGAAUUGAAGAUGAAAGACAAGGCUGAUUUGGUGGAAGCAUUCAUUGGAGCUCUCUAUGUGGAUAGAGGAAUCGAGCAUUGUCGAUCUUCCAUUCGGAUUGUUUUCUGCCCGAGAUUGAAGCAUUUCAUCAACAGUGAGCAAUGGAAUGAUGCGAAAUCACAUCUUCAACAGUGGUGUCUUGCGAUACGUGAUGCGCAGAAUCCGAAUCCAGCUAUGCCGGAUUAUAGAAUUCUUUCUAUAGAAGGACCCACCAAUAAUCGAAUAUUCAAAGUUGGAGUGUAUUUUAGAGGAAAACGACUCGCUUCUGCUGCUGAAUCGAACGUCCACAAAGCCGAACUGAAAGCGGCUGAAAUUGCAUUGGCUUCUCUCGAAUCCACUUCAGUCUCAAGAAUGAAAGAGAAGAAUAUAGGUAAUAAAGAUCAUCAUCGUCGACACCGACUCAUCUCCGAUGAAUAA